UUUUCUCCCACUCAAGUAGCAGGUCCUUGGAACUUUCCAGACCGAUGGAGCGGGCUAACGCGCCGAUCUUGUUCGCGAUCUGUAUUACUGUAAGGUCACCAAGACCCUCAGUUAAUCGUGACUGAAACUGUUGGUGUACCAUUCUGGCAGCCUCCAUAGGUAAAGUAGUCCCUUGUGAGACAACCUGGUCGAGGACGUCUUUGAGCGACGUCUCAUCUUCCGGCUUCCAUCUCCUCAGAUCCCUCAUGAUCGAUCCAGUGAGGUCGAGAACAGUACGAGCGAAACGAUCUCAGCAGUCUGACUUCAGUGUCCCGACAGGUUAUUUUGGCCAGUAGUCAAUGUUGGUGGGAAGAAAUAGAGAACCGGGCAAGGCUGAGAUGACGUAUCCCUGUCCGAGUCCAGAAACGAAAGGGUGAUUACUCCUGCAGCAGUAAGGUGUGGUAGCUGCCACUUGGAAUGGUGGAAAGUGAUGUCGCAGGCAGCUGGAGUGACACAAGAGUAGGCAUCCAAGUUAUAGUCACUUCUAUCGGUUGAUAUUGAUAUUCACUACUUUAAGUUCUAUUGUUUGUAUUCACCGGUUGAAAACAAAAUUCAGCCUCAUUUGAAAUUUUCUCUCUUCACUCUGGAAAGGCCACGCCGAUUCACUUGAAGAACGAAGUAAGAAGGACUCAAAAGUGAAAGUAAGGCGUGAUAUGGUCGUCGGCGCCAUAUAUCGCGCCGAUGUGUAUCCGGGGUUAAUCCAGGACUCCCUCAAUGCAUAAGUACCGUAUCUGCUCCUCCUUCUUGCUUUCUCUUCCUCCUUUUUCCUAAGUCCCAGUCUAUCGUCUUGGAGUCCUCAUCUUGCCACCUACUCUCGUCUCUCCAUCUUCCUGGUCGGCUUUCUGAAGUUCCCUGCAGGCGCGUGCCUUUAGAAUCUUCACUCUGUCUGCCCAUCAACGCUUUUUGGUUCAAAACUACCUUAUCCCACCGUGCCAAAGAAUAGCUUACUGCCUGUCUUAUGUUAGCGUUGACUAGGCAUUAUCCCCAGAUCUAUGUUCCUGAGCCUGUUUAUCGAUUCUGCGGUGCGUGAUCACUGAGAGCUAUUCUCUCCCAGAUUUAUCUCUACUCUCUCCCGUCCAAAUUUGUUGUGACCUCUCUUACUUCGACAUCACUAGUUCUUCAAUGUCACUAGCCCAGCGUCAGACUUAGGUACUUGAGCAUCGCACUUUUACUGGCCAUUAUGUCGUCCUGUCAACAAUGCCGGUCGGCUCACCGACGUUGUUCAUUGGCGGCCUCUACCACCCAAGAUCCUCCUUGCGACAGCUGUCGGAGGCGAAACCUGACAUGUGAACCUCCUAGACUGACAACAGAGUCGACCGCCGCCUCAUCGCGGCCUCGCCGGCAUUUGCGACCCUCAGGGAGGGACCCUCAGCCUCGAAACUCUCUUGGGAAUACAGUAUCUCCAGGACCGCGGAAAACCAUUUUGAUGGCCCUGGACGCAGGCACAGAAUUCGCGAAAGCGGGUUUUUGCGUGAUGGAGGAGUCAGAAAGAGAGCAAGGAUUUUUGCCGGCGAACAUGUUUGCCAGAUUGGAACCUGUCACAUGGACAACCAACGAGACCGCACUACCUUCUGAAGUUGGCUACGUCUUGGAUGAGAGCGUCUGUCCUGCAGUGCUCCACCCAAAGUAUGGUCAAGAUCUGAAGAGGGCAGUCCAGCAUGGCCAGAUCCGGGAGCACGAUAUUAUUCGCAAAUAUAAGCCGCUUGUGUUCGGCGAAGCGGAGGGGAGUAGGACAAGGCAACAGAUUGAAAAGAUCUCCAACGAGCUCCAACGUUGUCAGUCCGCACAGGGGCUAGAUCACGAUCACCAGACCCGCUUCGGACCACUGGACCUAAUGCGAGAUUUGCUUGGCUAUAUGUUCCGAUAUGUGCUUAGUGUCAUUGCCGAAGCGCAUACAAAUCUCGCCUGGCCCAUAUGGGUUGAUACGCACAAAUAUGAAUCGUGGAAACCACAGGAAAACAUCGAGAUAGCCUUACCGCUUCCCGUUGCGACGACCCCAGAGCAAGUUCUCCUGAUAAAAGAGGCAGCAAAACAAGCGGGUCUCCCGAAGGUGCUCGUCUGUGGAGAACCUGCAGCGGCGCUGAUGUUUCACCUCUUCCGGAACCAACACGAAUCCAUGAUCGGUGAGCCCGUCAUGAUUAUGGAUAUUGGUGCAGGCUCGGGAGAUUUUGACGCAUGGGAAAUUUUGAGCAUCGCUCCAUUUCGCGCCAGGCAGCUCACGGCUCCAAGAACGGAGUGGUGCGGCGGUGGAACCAUCAAUACGAUGUAUCGAGUGUUGUUUCUGCGGAGCGUCUUAGACUACAAGCUCAAUAUCUUGAGAUCGCUGGAGCGCAGUGGCAAUCCGAUGACAUGGGAUCAGCUUGGUGAUAGACUGGAGGCCGAGUUUGAAGGGGCCAAAAAGGACUUCCGAGGUACCAAUGACGACCCACCCUAUAAAAUCCAUAUCAAGGGUUUACCGGCCAUCCCAGCAAGGAAUAUGCCUGAGAAGGAUACGCUUCAUAUCCCUGGCAAGGCUAUCAGAGACGCGCACGCCACGCACAUUGACCAGCUCCACGGAAUCAUCCAAGGAGCCCUGGAGAGACUUGAAGAUAAGGUUAUUUCGGGUACAGUCUCGCGGAUGCCGCGUGAGUUGCUCCUAGCAGGAGGUGGGAGCAAUAAUAUCCUCGUUCGCCAGGAGAUUCGGCGUCGCUUUGAGACGCGAGACUUCAAAGUGGCAUUCCCAAGCGGCGAACGAUGCGAGGUCACAGUCGCGCUGGGCUCAAUUGUCCUACUGGCGGAUAAGGGACUGAUGACAGAGAGGAUCGUCCGUCGGGCGUACUGCGUCGGCCGCUGGGAAGAACCGGAAGAUCUUAGGGCCUUUCCCGAAGAUGUCUGGCACCACAGCGAGCAAGACAACAAGACCCGGAUACUUAUGUCUCGGUUCUUCUGCCGUCUCGAACAGAGCAUCCCGCUUCAGUACAAGACCAGUGUUGUUGGGUGGCGUGGUCCGAUGGCUGAGGACGUAGCCACCGACGAUGGAAUCGUCAUCGAGGAGCGGCUUUUCUAUUCCGACACUGUGAGCGAUGACGGGAUUGUGUUGGAGGGAAACAAUUCUAUUGAUGAAAUGCCCGAUCCUCUGCUGUUUAAAAUACCUCAAAGGUAUUUUAGAAACUUUGACAAGAAGAAAAAUCGUUCGACAGGUCAGGAGUGGUAUUACUUAGACUACGAAGUCUCUCUCCUUCUCGACGGCGACGAUAUGAUAUUCCAGAUCACAAUCCCUAAGCACGGGCGUUUUUUGAAUCCGCCCAACAGAUACGGUCAUGAUCCCAUCAUCCUGCAGGGACGAUAUGAUUGCUCGGGAUCAUUCAAGCUCGUAAACGUAAUCGAUGAUACUGAAUAGUGGAUGAUUAUGAUGAUGAUCUUCUUUUGAGGGAUGCCGUGGGGAACUUGACCUUCUCAACAGCAUAAGAGUCAUGCCUGCACGCAGACACAACUUGAGCAUCAAGGCAUGCACGAUUGGAUGGAUGGUUCCACAUGCGUACAAGAGAAACAUACAAGCUGGCGUCAUGUUUUUGUCAUCCGCAAUUGGAGCGAGCUAGCAUAUCUUUCGGGAACUCUGAACGGGAGCUUGGAGAAACAGGUUUCCGAUGAUUUGACUUGGACAGUGCCAAGGUGCGUGGGUGGGUGGUGAAUGUACAUCUGUACUUGGGGUCUUGGUACCCACUAAGGAAAGGGAACGUUGGAUCGCGAACACAUGCUGAGCCAAAGGUGAACAUACCCAGGCAGGACAUGGCAAGCAGGCUGCUGCUGGUAUGGCUGUACACACUUUAAGAUUCUCUAAUACACAAGGCCGUCC